AUGGCUGCCCGUCAUGGUGUUGUUGACGUGUUGUCGCUGCCGACCCUGACCCAGCUCUAUGCGGACGGCGAGCUUGGCGUCCCCGAGACUGUCACUCUCCCCGUCCUCAAGGCACUCCAGACGAAGGUCCAGCCCUCGGCCACCAUCAACGACAAAGUCGUCUACAUUCGCGGCGACCUGACCAAAAUGAAGGCAGACGCCAUUGUCAAUGCGGCCAACAGGUCGCUCAUGGGUGGCGGCGGCGUGGACGGCGCCAUCCAUCGUGCGGCAGGCUUUGAGCUGUACGAGGCGUGCGCCCCGCUCGGCGGCUGCGACACCGGCGACGCCAAGAUCACACCCGGGUUCCACCUACCGGCGCGCCAUGUGAUCCACACGGUCGGCCCCGUGUACGACGACGGGGACCCGCAGGACUCGGACCGCCUGCUCGCCAGCUGCUACCAGAGCAGUCUGCGGCUGGCCGUGGCGUCGCAGGUGCGCACGAUUGCGUUUUGCGCCAUCAGCACCGGCAUCUACGGCUUCCCGAGCCAGCAGGCCGCGGCGCUGGCGGUGUCGACGGUGCGGGCCUUUUUGGAGGGCGAGCAGGGCGGCAAGAUCGACCGCGUGGUGUUUGUGACCUUUGAAGCAAAAGACGUGGACGCCUACCUGAGAGCGCUGCCAAUUGCGUUCCCUCCAGUGCCGCUGCCAGAGACCGAGACCGAGGCCGGGGCCGAUGCCGCCACCGAAUCUGCAGCCACGGGUGAUGCCACGGGUGAUGCCACGAAUGCUGGCGCGACGAAUACUGGCGCGACAAAUGCAGACGGAGGGCCUGCUGUAGCCACAGGAGGAGGCGAAGCUGCCCCUGCACCACGUGUGCCAAAUGCGCCUGUCGCCGGCGCAGGCGAUGCACUUGCCGCAGAUGCACGGCCAGACGAAUUGGUGAUUGAACAUGAAGAGGUUGUUGAGACCGAAGCACCAGGUGAAGACGCAAAGACGAAGUAG